AUAUGCUCUCCAUUAUUGCUUAGUGUUUUUUGGUGUGGAUAAUUAUCGCUUAUCAGUUUAAUUUCUGUCCUCCUAUUGUUUUAGAUCUUCCUCGUGAGAUUGAUGCGAGACUUACGAAGAAAAAACAAAACAAAAAUAUACAGAGAAAAAUGUCUGAACUUUGUUCUUUUCCUGAUUUUGAAAAAAUAAAGGACGAAAUUAAUCGCAAGGAAAAGCUUCUUCUCAACUACGUUCCUGUCUACAUUGUGCUUCCUAUUUUUGGAAUAGUGGCUGAAGAUAACAAAAACGCGGAAUUGGAAGAAACAAAAAAGAGACUGAAGAGACUCAAGGAGGAGGCUUGCAUCGACGGUGUGAUGGUCGAUGUGUGGUGGGGGAUCGUCGAGUCCGAAGACCCCAAGAAAUAUAAGUGGGAGGGUUACAAAGAGCUGUUCAAGAUGAUCAUGAGUUUGGAACUCAAAAUCCAUGUCAUAAUGUCUUUUCACAAGAGCAGCGAAAACGGAAAAACCAUAGGUCUCCCGAACUGGAUAGUCCAAUAUGGCAAAGCCAAUCCCGAUAUCUAUUACACCGACCGCAAUGGCUUUCCAGACGAGGGCUGCCUCAGUCUUGGGGUCGAUAAUAAACCCCUCUUCGAUGAUGGAAAUGGUAAAAAACGUACUGCGAUAAAGGUAUACAGUGACUUCAUGAGUAGCUUCAAAGAUAACAUGAUAGAGUUUCUAGAAGACGGUGUGAUAGUGGCCAUCGAAGUCGGCCUUGGACCCAAUGGAGAACUUUGUUACCCUUCCUUUCCAAAAGAAGAAAGGAAAAAAGGAGGAGAAACACAACAAGAGUGGAAAACUUCCGGCAUCGGAGAAUUUCAGUGUUACGACAAAUACUUGAAGGAAGAUUAUGAGGAUAAUGCCAACGAUAAACAAAAACAGAAAGUGGAUCUUUCAGACGAAAAAGAAUUUGGAAACUACAACAGCAAGCCAGGAAAAACUAAAUUUUUCAAGAAGAAUGGGACAUACACCACGGAGACGGGGAAGUUCUUCUUGGAAUGGUACUCCAACAAACUCAUCCUCCAUGGCGAUCAGGUCCUAAGAGAAGCCAACAAGAUCUUCAACGGCCUCAAAAUUGACUUGGUUGCCAAGGUUUCAGGAGUUCACUGGUUUUACAACCAUCACAGCCACGCCGCAGAACUAACUGCCGGAUAUUACAACCUUGAUAAUAAAAAAAAAAAAAAAGAAGAAGAAGGAGAAGGAGAAGGAGAAGGAGAAGGAGAAGGAGAAGGAGAAGGAGAAGGAGAAGGAGAAGGAGAAAGAGAUAACAGAGAUGGUUACAGUCCGAUCGCCCGGAUGCUAUACAAACGCAACUGCGUUCUCAGCUUUAGUUGUCUUGAGAUGAAAGCUAUAAACCACAUUUCAAAGGAACCCUUCUCUUCUCCCGAAAAACUUGUUAAAGCGGUAUUGAGCAGAGCGUGGAAAAAAGGCAUAGAAGUGAUUGGUGCAAACACAUGGGAGAUUAAUGAUGCGGAUGGUUACAAUCAGGUUCUUCUUAAUGCCAGGCCAAAAGGUUCUAACCCGAAGGGAAAACCCAAAUUCAAAGUGCACAGUUUCAUGUGCCUGCGAUUGUCCGAAAAUUUAUUUAAAACAAACUACGAUAUGUUCAAAGAUUUUGUGAGGAAAAUGCAUGCAAAUCUAGAUUACUGUGGGGAUGCAGAGAUGUAUCCACAUGAGGUCGAGUCGAAUUCAGCGAUCACCACUGAGGAAAUUUUGGAUGCGUCGACAGUGACCAAGGCAAGUGAACCAAUCGAGUGGGAUAAAGAGACCGAUUCCAAAGUUCAUGGUUGAUCACAUGCAGCUACACCAGAACGGGUUCAAUAUUAUUAGCCUUUCCAGCACUAAGAGCAACUCAGCAUUUUUUUAUAAAAUGUUGGUUAAUUAUGCUAUUAAAAACUAGGAUAAGCAACUUCAGCAUUUUGAUUCUGAAAAUGAA